GCCUGGCCGUGCCCUCGGGGGGCCUUCCUGGAGCCCCCCACGGCGAGCAGGUGCUGGCACUGGCUGACCCAGGCCCUCGGUGGUGCUGGUGUGGGGGUCCAGGGGUCAAUGGUGGGCUGGCCCGGCUGUACCUGGGGCCCUGGGGAGUUUAGGGGGGUCUCACCCACCGGGACGGCCCCGCCCGUGCUGUGACCACGCCCGCAUCUCGCCGCCCCGCCCGGCCCCGGCCCCGGUUGAGAAGCGCCGGAUCCUGGUUGCCCCGGAGCUGCCCCGGGACGUCCCGCAUGGUGCCGAACCCCCCCGGGCAGGGCAGGGCAGGGCCCGGGGCGGGCGGGGCCGCUCCUGGGCCCGGUGGCGGAGCCGGGACGUGGCGGCUACGUGGCCCCAGCGCGGGGCGGGCGGCACCGAGAGGCGAGCGGGGCUGGGUGAGUGGGCACCGGGGGCACCGGGCUGGGGGUGUUGGGGGGCGCGCACUGGGUGAGCAGCGCCAGCCGGUCCCGUGCGCGCCGCUGUCCUGUGCGCCCUCCCGUCCGUGCCAGCGUGUCCCCGCCGCGCUGGGACGGGGCAGCUCCCGGAGCCCCCGCCCCUCUCCUACGGCCGGCUUCCCACGGCCCCGGGACCCCGACCCGCCCAGAGGCGCCCCCGACCCCGCCACUCUCGUUCCACUGCAGCCCGAGGUGGCGGGAUGAGGAACCCACCGGUGACACUGACCGUGCUGCUGCUGCUGGGGCCGGUGGCAGGGGCCGCCCCCAGGGCGGGGGGGCACAGGCCUGAGCCCCCCCUGGCCACGAUCCUGGAAGCGUAUCCCGACCUGCUGAGCCCGGAGUUGCCGCUGCUGCUCCCUGCUCCCCCCAGGCUGCUGCGGGGCGCGGUGCGGAGCCUGGGGCUGCCGGAGCAGGAUGUGGAGGCCAUGCCACUGGAGCAGGCCCUGCUCUACCUCGCCGUGCUCCAUGACCAUGACCGGAGUGGGCACCUGGAUGGGCUGGAGCUGCUGCAGCUGCUGGGCACUGUGCUGGCACAGGCCGGGGGGUGGCCGGACCCCGACACGGUGGCUGCUCUGGUGGACCGAGCCCUGGCGAGGCAGGACCGCAAUGGGGAUGGGCUGCUGGACCCCCACGAGCUGCUGUCACCUGACCGGGGCCGGGGACCCCUGGGGCAGUCCUCCCCGGAGCCACAAACAGGGUCUGAGGCUGUGCCUGAGGAGGGCACAGAGAUGCUCAGGGGGCACCUGGGGGUGAGCAGCCCAGGGCAGGCAGCCCCUGAGACUGGAGCCGCCCAGGCUGGAGUCCCUGAGGAUGGAGGCAUGGAGGGGGACGAAGCCCCCAAGGUGGAAUCCCCCAGUGCUGAGGCUGUGGAGGCAGAAGAAGCCCCCGAGGCUGAAGCCCACAAUAGUGAUGCGUCUGAGGAAGAGGAAGUUCCCGAGGCUGCAGCCCUUGAGGAGGAGGCAGCCCCAGCAUGGAGGGACUCUGGGGAGGGGUAGAUGGUGGGGGGCUGUGGGCAGGGCUGAGUGGGGCAACGCCCUGGCUGCUUCCUGACCUGCUCGUGGCACAGAGUGGCGGGGGCGUCCCUGUGCCCCCCACCCUGCAUCCGGGCUGGAGGGCUGGGGCACUGUGGUCAUGUGGUCUCCCCUGUAACGCAUCAGACAGAGAA